AGAAGUGGGAAUAGCACUUCCUCCUCCUCCCCUCUCAGUUUCUUCAUGGCUGAAAAGUCAGUGAUCUCCUUGCUGUGAUCAGGGUGGUUGUGGCUUCCUGGUAUUCCCAUGGGAACCAGGCCUUCCAGGGCAAACUUCAGCUGCCUCAGCACUGGUGAGGACCCAGCUGGUGCUGUUUCUGUCCCACAAGGUCUCCAGCAGCUUCAGCUCUGCGGUGGGGGCUGCAGUGUGCCUGUCUGUGGCUUUGCAAAUCUCUUUCCUUCUCUGCAGAACAGCGUGGUGCAAAGCACUGAAGUGCAAAGGUGGAGGGUUCAUUACAGCAGGUAGUGGGGAAAGGCUUAAAAUCUAAAAUUCAGCUAAAAUCUGUGCUCUGUGGGUCACCCCCUGCCCUCCAGCCUGCCCCCAGCACAGCCUGCUUACAGACUGUCGGGACAGACAAAUUUCCUGAGGCGCCAGCCAGGUGCCUUAAGACUGAGGGAAAGCCAAACAAAAUAAACCUGAUGUAGCUGGGUGCUUUAAUUUGCAGGAAGAGCUGUGCAGCAGCAGGCUGGUACCCAGCUGAAUAUUUCUUGCUGUAUCAAGCAUAAAUUCAUCAGGUAUUCCAUUUCCUGGGGAAAAAAAUAAAGCAGAAUAAUUUACUUGGAAAUAAAGAGUGGAGUUAUUUUUCCCUCUGACAUGGUGAAUGCAAUUACCUAAGGCAUGGGAGGCUGAGAUAACUCACUGAUUCAGCCCCCACUCUCCAAAGAAACCAUCAUCAUUCUGUCAGAAAAGGCUUUAAACUCCAAUUCACAUCCUGAAUGCUAAAACAUCACCGCAUACAGAAACUGUCCUUAUGAUUUCCAUGCACCAGCUGCUGCAUCACAAGGAAAACACACUCAUAGACAGGCCAGAGUUUAUUAUUGCCAAGGCCAUAUACACAGUGCAAGCUCCCUGUGUUUGCUGACCCUUUUCCUGAUGCUCUUGGUGUCUCCUUGUCCAUCAGGAGCAAUUCCUAGUGAAGCAAAGCCCACUGGCAGCCUGUUAGUAGUGUGUGAGCCAUGCUGGGGCUGGGAAAACGUGCAUGCGGGUUGAGAGUCUCGAGCCAUGUCUGUUUGGAGAGCUCAGUGCAGGCAAGCCAUAAGCCUGUGAUUGCCCCUGAAUUUAAUUCCAUUUAGGCAGCACUCUCCCACCUCUUCUGCCAUUACAUAAUGGAGCAGAGUAAUGACUUUGAGCAAUACUGUUUGAGUGGCAGCAGUCCAAUUCUGGACUGUAUUUUUUUUUUUUUUUUAAUGGUGGGGGGAGAGCAGGUUGGCAGAGGGGAGAAAGCAUCCGUUUGGUUCAUCUGCAAUCCCUGUUUUGCUUUGGGAGCUUUAGAGGACAGACACAUUCCUCCAUCUCUGCUAAUCCUCCUCUGAUACAGAGGAUUUUCCUGCCAUUAAAUGAUAGCUUGUGAGAAAAAAAUGCCAACUUUUCAGAGACUGACUUGUAUGGCUAAGGGCAGCCUCAUGAGCAGGAGGGAGGACACAGCCACUGCCUGGCCAGAUGAGAGGAAUCUGCCUUUGGCAUGGCUUGUGGGAAGGAUGCAGAUGAGCUCCUGAAAAGCAGUGGCACAAAGCUGCAGGAUUCCCUGAGAAGGUCAGUGGUGGAAGAAAGAUACUCACCAGGAAGGUGCUGGGGACUUCUUCAGUUUGAAAGUGUGUGAGAGAAGAGCCUUUUCCUUCAUCUUCCUUUCUAAACAUAGACCUUUUUGUGGAAAAAUGAUGCAGGGAAAUGACAGAGGAUGAAACCCAUCUCUAUUCUUCCUGUGUGCUUUUAGAUCCCUUAAGUUUGCUUGCCAGACCUGAAAUGCCACUAGAGAAUAAUCAAGGUAAUGUUUGCCAUCGUUCUAAAUGUGAUCCUUUGGGUCCCACAGGUCCAUGGGGUGUGGGCCUGCGUGCGCUCCUGCCCUCCCAGCUGCGUGUGCACCCCGGAGAGGAGCUGCUCCGUGCUCUGUGACCGUGCCGGGCUGGGGCAGAUCCCCAGCGAGUUCCCCUGUGAAGCCUCUUCCAUCAACCUGGAUAAAAACAGCAUCAAGUUCCUGUCUGAGAGGGCCUUUGGGACGCUGCCUUCCCUCAAGUCCCUGUCACUCAACCACAACAACAUCUCCUUCAUCACGCCAGGGGCGUUCAAGGGGCUGCCCAGCCUGACGGAGCUGAAGAUGGCUCACAAUGAGUACAUUCGCUAUCUCCACACUCGGACCUUCACUGCGCUCCGGCGCCUCGUGAGGCUGGACCUGGCCGACUGCAACCUCUUCAACAUCCCAGACAGGAUCUUCAUCGAGCUGCCUGCUCUGCAAGAGCUGUUCUGCUUCCAGAACAACUUCCGAAGGAUCCCAGGCGCCAUCAGGGGCAUGGAGAACUUGACCCAUGUGUACCUGGAGAGAAAUAGGAUCGAAGCGGUGGCCUAUAACUCCCUGCAGGGCCUGACCAAGCUGAAAUACCUGAAUCUGCAGGACAACAAGAUAAAUGUCAUCCAUGAACGAGCUUUUCAGGGCUGUCAGAGGAUGGAGUACCUGUACCUGAAUGACAACUUGAUCAGUGAGCUUCCAGAAAACUCCUUUGAUGGCCUGAGGCGCCUGAAGAUGCUCAACCUGGGGGGGAAUUUUCUCAGGAACAUUUCCAACACCUGGUUCCGGGACCUGGGGGAGCUGGAGUUCCUCUACCUGGACCGCAACAGGAUCAGCUACAUUGAGGAGGGGGCUUUUGAGAACCUCACCAGCCUGGUGGCGCUGCACUUGAACAGCAACAACCUGACGACGCUGCCCUUCUCCGUGUUCGAGCCCGUGUACUUCCUGGGGCGCCUGUACCUCUUCCGCAACCCCUGGGAGUGCAACUGCCGCAUCGAGUGGCUCAAGGAGUGGAUGGAGAACUACAGGCUGGUCAGGGAUAUUCCGUGUGCCUCCCCCUCCUCAGUGGCUGGGAUUGAUCUGAUGGACGUGCUCUUCGAGAGGUCUCCCGAAGGUUACUGUCUCGACCCGGAGGAGCUGAACAUCACGUCUGAGCUGCCGACCCCAAGCGAGGAGCCUUGGUCCACCACAGAGAGCAAGUUCAACAGCCUUAUCUCCAAACUCUUGCUCCAGAUGGGCCUUCCUGAAGAGGUGGCAAAUGCCACUGAAGUGUACAGUAACAGCACACAACCGGACGGACAGACUGAAGGGGUUUCUUCCGGCAUGAGGGGAGACAGAACCGAGGCUGACUCCUCUUCCUUGUACCUCCCAGCACUUUUGACAGUGAUUGUUCUGCUGUGCAAAUAGUCCAAGGGCUGGAUGGAGCAGGGGUUCUACUUAAGGGUUUAGACCCUGCACCUACUUAGUCAUCAGAGAAAAGUUUUACUGUGGGCCUCUGAUACGUAACGGGCUCUAACCUCUUCCAGGCUGGGUUUGUUGGAUCUGGCUCCAGAUUCCCCUGGGAGCUGGUGAGAUCUGGGUCCUGCUAUGGGUGGCAAACCUGCCCUGUGGGUGUCCCAGAGCCUCCUGGAUACUCACAGGGAGAUGAGCAGCACUAAGAUUGAAUUUUGCCUAGAGAUGUGUGAUGUUCUGCUGGGAAAGGAGGGAAGAGGUGUCUGUCUGUGGGGUGUUUGCUCCAUCGGGCCAACUUGAGAGAGGAAGAUGUUCCAUGGUGACUCAGCUUCAUGAGAGCAAGAUGAGGCUGCAAAACUGGGCCCCUCUUCGUGUCCUGACAGACACCCACACCCACGGCAGAUGCUGCCAAACAAUGGGAAACUAUUCCUCAUUUCCUCAGUGGGUGCAGGAGGGAGCAGGGCAGUUCUGGGCAACAUCCAGGGAUGUAGCAGGAAACAUGUAUAGGCCUCAAUGAAAAGAUCCAGGAAACAUGUAUAGGCCUCAUGGAAAUGAGGAAAGUGCCUGGGGGGAGCACCUGCCCCAGGCAGAUCUGGGAUGGGCGCAGUAUUUUGGCUGUGACCACAGGCAGGAUUUUGAUCCUCUCUCCCCCCGCCAUUAUCCUGGUACUGGUGAGGAGCACCAGAUGUUUGCAUCCGUGUUUGUCCCAACAUUCUUCUCUGAGACAAAGCUACUUAAACUUAACCUACUGAUUCCCAUAAUUUCAAUGUGUUUAAUUUUUCAGUGAAUAUAUUGUUUCAAGGAAUACAUUUUUUUAUUUGUAGAUUGUUUCAUGGCAUGGCAGCAGGGGCAGAGCAUGGUGAGUACAAAUGCAACCAGGCCCCAUGAAAUAUUUUGUAUUUCCACCAUUAAUAUGUACCAUGUAGUGUGUCAUAUUAUGCCAUAUUGAUAAUUUUUUUUUAUACGGCAUCUUAAGUGUUUUAUCUUUGAACUCAUCAAUAAAAGCUGCUAAUAUGACCAGAAAAAAUUAUGUUUUAUGUAUCAAAGCAUAUUAAUAAAAUAAUUUGAUACUUUACUCACAAAAAUAAAUUA